GCGUCGAACGAGCUCACCGACACGGAGGAGGACCGCGGGGACGAGAGCCUCAUCUCCGAGGACGCCAACGCCAACCAGAACGUCUCGCCGCUCAGCUGCGCGAAGGAGGCCAAACGGUUGAUCCGGAGAAGCUUGUCGAGACUGAACAGCUUGAAUCUCCCCCCGACCAGAUCGGAGCAGAAGAAUGCAGCUUCGCGGACGACCGGAGACGUGGGGAGGUCGUGCGCGGUCUCAAAGACGAGAGUGGAUUAUAAACUAGCGCCGCGGGCGAGGAAUUUCAGUGCCUAUGAUUUUUCUGAGAUCGAGCAAGUCAGACGCGAGCAGACGAAAGGAGUGGUGCAUGGGGCGCCUAAAAGAAUCAGAAGCAGUGGCGUUGUGGGAAGUUUGCCAGGCGGUCAUAGCGUUAGAGCCGGUGAGACGAGGGAGACGGCGUCAUCUCCAGAUGGAACGAACGCCGGUCUGACACUGCCCAAUAUUGGGCUGGAUAGAAAUCUCAACUCUCUGGCACAUGGCGGGAAACUUCAGCGGGGCAAGCUUGUGGCGUCACAUGCACAAACCAGAUCACCACCGGUGGCGACCGGGAAGCCUUGUUCUAACAGCAGAGAAUCCGUCAAGGAGAACAGUUGUUCUUCAAGGGAAUUACCCGAAAAUGGUAACCGUUUGAAUUUACCUACGGUUAAAACGCCAACUUCCGGGAUUCGGAAUAGAAAUGAGAGCUCAUCCAAACGCC